CACACUUCACACUUCACACUCAGCGCGCGCGCAAGCAGCUCCGCAUUUUUGGGAAGGAACGCCUUUUGCAUUUCCUCGGCGUGUUGUUGUUUAAGGGAGAGGGAAAAAAAAGCCCGAACUGAGGAUGAAAGUGAUCCUGUUCUUCGUUGUCUCCUGCCUCGCCUUUCAAAACGCAGACGGUGCACCUAGAAAGGCAGUGUAUAAGUUUGUGAAAUGUAACCCUGAGGGCGACCAGGCCAACUGUGUGACACAACAAAGUCCAUCAAUGGCAUGGAGUCCAGACCUACCCGCCAAACUGCCUGCUGCAACUGCACAGUAUCUGGAGGCUGAGCCCGAGGAGGAUGAGAGUCUGCUAGGGGAGGAAGAAGUGGAUUUUGAGAUGGAUGAGGACGAAAAGCCCGACGAAAUUGAAGCGGGCGAGUCACCUGUCGAGACCGGGGACGGUUCUGGAGGACAUGAAGGCUCUGCAGACGUACUGGCGGGAGACUGGGCAAUGGGUGAGACCGGCUCCGGAGUGUACUGGGCAGAGAAAGAUGGGGAGCAAUACAAAGAUGGGGAUAUGACCGGCAUGAGGCGGGUGUUCCCAAGAAAGUCUGUGGUUGCUGAGGCAAAACCAGCAGAGCACGAGCUGAGAGAAGACCACCUUCUGCAGCUGUAGAACUCGUGCACCCACCGGCCCUAAGAACCACACACAAGGCUAGCAUCUGUUUUUAUUUCCACAUUGUUUAUUCAAAUGGUAAAUUUUAAACCUAGUUUUGCAGUACCACCUGGUGGUGUAAAAACACAGUUGCCCAGAGAUUGACAAAUGCCUAAUAUAUUUUAUAUUCUCACUUAAAAGGUUUUUCAACCCGUAUUUGCGCUUUCUUGUGGAAAUGUUGUGUAAGUUGCAAUGUGCUUUUUUACUAUCAAUUUAAAAAUAAUUGUAAUACCAGUGCAAUAAGAUGGCACAUUCAUCCAUGCAUUGCUCACGCUGUGCCGCUUUACAGCUGUGGUUUGGAUUAUGUUCCUUUAAAACACACAAAAAACAUUUGUUGAGGUUAUUAGAUCCCUUUGUCUCAAAUAUUGUGAACCUUUACCAUACACAUACCAUACCAUUGGGAAUUUUUGGUCCACAAAGAAAAAAAGAGUAAGUUUUGUAAACCCAAACCCCUCAGGAAUGAAUUUGUGUAAUAUUAACCACUGUGAGCUGAUAUAUAUUGAAAAUAUAUAUUGUGCACCUGCAUGGAUUUCAACAUGCUGGGAGUAUUUUGUAUUUGAAAUAAAAUAAAGGAUUUAUAAGAACAGUAUCAA